CUUCUUUUUGAUCUCUACUUCCACCUUCCACUCCCCAUUUUGCUUCUAUACCACCAGCACAACUGGCAUAUCUAAGUGACCCAGGCCACGACAGCAGCAAUCGCUAGGAAGAGCACUCACAGAAGGCAUACGACAGCUGCAUCCUUUCGUCCCACCCUCCCACGAUGACGCUCCUGCACGCGCUCGCAGCCGUGGUCCCCCUGCUAAACCUCUUGCCCUUACCACACCUGGUCGCCGCGCAACUGACCGCCGCCACGACCGGCGGGCCCGCGUCCGUUGCCAGCGGCGUCCCCGCCAACCGUCCAACGCAGCCCUGGACCCAAUGGCAGCCGAAGCCCUCGUACCCCGUCACCGCUUUGCCAGAUCAAUACAUGGGCCAGGACCGUCUCGGCACCAGCAACAGCCCCGACCAGACCGGCUUCAACACUUGCACUAAUGGGACAAACGCCUGGAAUCAGCAGAGCAAGUGUCAGACUGCCUGGGUCAAUAGCCUGGAAGACUUUUGCCUCUGGGGUCCACCGACACCAGACACGAUUGGCUCCUCGGAGCGCCAAGCGGUAGCGUACUGCACGCGGCCAACACACGGUACGCGCCUUAUCCCGGACGGCACGAUCACCAGUGCUCAUUUCGUCCAGACCAGCGAGUAUGUCCAGGUGACUGGCGUAGGAGAUUUUACCAGCAUUGGCAUCCCGCUUGGCGACGCGGGUGGCGAGAUGGACUCAGCGGGCAUGGACGAUCUGAGUAAUCCGAUUGGAGGUGUGGUAUACACCACCGCCAAGCCCUCGGCGAAUGGGCGCUCCGUCAUGGCGACCGAGUGGACCAACUUUAUGAGCUGGAACCAAUUCUGCUUCCGAGUCUGCUUUGGCAACAAUGCUGAGCAGCACUGUCAGCACAUUUACGAUAUCCUCGGUUGCCGCUGGAACAUACCAGCCAACUACGACCCAGGGGUGUUCGAGACGUGCGACGGCGCGCUGGCGCCGUUCCAAGGCAUCUACACGCUCGAGGGUGGGCAGGUCUCCACGUUCCAGCAGGGCCAGCCCAUCACCCCGGACCCGCACCCGGCGCCGUCAAGCUCGAACUGCCGUGCUGGCAGCAGCGUCAACAAUGGUGGGCUGCUCGUCGCUACCCCGCUCCACGCGCUCGCUUCGCAGCCGACCGGCAGUGCAAGCGGGAUGACAACCAGCUUCUCGGCCAGCACUUCAUCGCGAACCGGCGGAAGCUCUGGAUCGGCGAGUGGAAGCGGAACAAAAAGCGCUGCGUCGACAAACUUCAAACCUAUCUGUGUCGGUGUAGCUCUCGCUGCUGGAGCCGCUGGUGUGCUGGCUGUAGCCGCGUUGCUGUGAAUACAGUUCUUGCUCAAGCCAACUGGUCUCAUCUUACCCUUGAAAUACGCGCUACGCCUCGGCCGAGCCAUUCUGCAUGGACACUCACUACGCAACGGACGGUCUAAACAGUCGUGUCAUCAAAGAACCGUCC